AUCUCUUCCUAUAGAAAAGUCCUUACCUUUCUUCUUCUCUUCUCCUCUUCUCUUUUUCCCGGUUAUUCGAUUCCGAUUCCAGAAUUUUGAGAAAGAAAGAAAAGAGAUGCCUUUUUGCGAGGUGGUGAAAGAAGACGUCGGCCCAGAGACGACGCUUAACAAUGCCGCCGUUAAGAUCUUUUACAGAACGUAUGGUCAUGGUCCUGUCAAAGCUCUUCUCAUCAUAGGUUUAGCUGGAACCCAUGAAUCAUGGGGUCCUCAAAUCAAGGGAUUGACGGGGAAAGAUAAACCCAAUGAAGACGACGACGACGACGAAAUCGUCUCCGAUGAUGAUUCAGGCAUCGAGGUUUGUGCUUUCGAUAAUCGUGGUAUGGGUCGAAGCUCUGUACCCACCCAUAAAUCCGAGUACACAACAACGAUAAUGGCAAAGGAUGCAAUUAGUUUGUUAGACCAUUUGGGUUGGAAGAGAGCUCACAUAGUUGGCCAUUCUAUGGGAGCAAUGAUCGCUUGCAAGUUAGCUGCUUUGGUGCCGGAACGGGUUCUUUCUUUGGCGCUGCUUAAUGUUACAGGUGGAGGUUUCGAGUGUUUCCCGAAGUUUGACCGGCAAACAAUUUCCAUUGCGAUACGUUUUUAUAAGGCAAAGACCCCUCAACAAAGGGCAGCUGUUGAUUUGGACACACAUUAUUCAAAGGAUUACCUAGAAGAAUCCGUAGGAACUAGCACAAGAAGGGAAAUUUUAUAUGAGCAAUAUGUAAAGGGAAUAUCAGAAACUGGAAUGCAGUCCAAAUACGGGUUUGAUGGCCAACUUAAUGCUUGUUGGUUACACAAAAUCACAAAACCAGAGAUCGAACUAAUCCGCUCGGCUGGAUUUCUUGUCUCAGUCAUUCAUGGAAGACAUGAUGUGAUUGCUCAGAUAUGUUACGCAAGAAGAUUGGCUCAAAGGCUAUAUCCCGUCGCUAAAAUGGUGGAUCUUCAUGGAGGCCAUCUUGUAAGCCACGAGAGAACAGAAGAGGUUAAUAAAUCUCUUCUCGAGUUAAUCAAGGCAGCAGAAAUGAAGAAAAAACCAACUGAUUGGACUAACCUCACCAUGGAAAACCCAGGUUACUUCAAGAGGCGACUAACAUUGAUUAGAAGCUCAUCAGAAAGCAAGAAUGCCGUCUCUCCUGGAUAUUUCAUACUGGAAAAGUUCAAUCGCUGUCUACUUUUCCUCUUCGGACUUCUGGUUUUGGCAUUUGAGUAUGCAAGAAAAGCUUUCAGGAUCGUAAAACCUGUCAAAGUUGGACCUUCUCUCACAUAACAAAAACCCUUCUCUUCAAUUUGUCGACCAAAUUUUCAUACAAGCAAUGAGGCAGUUCUUCAAUGAACAAGCUGAUGAAAACAUGAAAGCUUAAAGAUAUUCUUGCUGCAAACAGAGGCUAAGAGAAGAAGACACUGCUUUUACAUGGAAGAGAUAAUACAAACCUGUUCAUAUAUACGCACCUGUAGAGAAUCAUUACAACGUCACUCCAUGACAAACAUUAUUCCACGAAUGUAAUAUGUAAAAGAUAAAACAUCAAAAUCUCAGUUGAGGCAUACGUGUUUUUGUGUACCUAUAUGAGAACACACCUGUUUCUCAAAGUUUCUGCAUAUAAAUAAGAAUUACAAGAGUCCUAUACAA